CACAGAAGAAGGAAAUGUCUCUGCAGGGUCUGCUCUUUCUCAACUCUCUGUUGUGGAGUCUAACAAAUCAAGCUGCUCUGACUGUGAGUCCCAGCAGAUCCCAGUUCUUUCAGUUAGAGUCUGUGUCUCUGAGCUGUGAGGAGAACAACAGCUCUGCUGGAUGGACUGUAUGGAGGAACACAACCAGAGAAACCAGGACUCAGUGUGGAAAGGAAUGGGGGAGACGAGCUGGAUCUACCUGUAACAUCAGCUUGAUGUUCCUGUUGGAUACUGGAGUUUACUGGUGUUGGUCCAGAGAGGGAGCAGCCAGCAGCAGCAUCCAGCUCACUGUCACUGGUGGAUCAGUGAUCCUGCAGAGUCCUGUCCUCCCUGUGAUGGAGGGAGAUGACGUCACUCUGAGCUGUCUAACAAAGACCACUCCCUCCAACCUCCCAGCUGCUUUCUAUAAAGAUGGCUCCCUCAUCAGGACUGAGCCCAAAGGUCACAUGACCCUCCACCAUGUGACCAGCUCUGAUGAAGGCCUCUACAGGUGUAACAUCAGUGGUCAUGGAGAGUCUCCAUCCAGCUGGAUCUCUGUUGAAGGGAAAGCCACCACCACUCCUACACCUCCACUCUACUCUUCUAUUAGUCCUACAUCGUCUCUUUCUGCCAUUAUCUUCCCUAGCCUUGCAGCUGUGCUCUUUGUACUUAUGCUGCUGUUACUGGUUAUAGUGGUGAGACGACAAAUCCAGAGGAAACAUGAAGAUCCUGCAGGUGAUAUUUUGUAUAGUGUGGUCAGCGUUUUCCAUGGUCGACAACAACCUGUGAGCUGCAGUGGAUAUCGUCAAUCUGAACCAGAAGUCAUCUACUCCUCACCGAGAUAGUUCGCUAAUCAAACCACAUAUGUCCAGCUGAUGGUCCAACCAGUGCAACACAUUAUGUAAACAGUGGCUAA